UUCCAUCACUUCCACAAAAUGCAAAGAAAUCUAACCCAAUCCAAAGAAGCACUUCUGAAAUCCUACAAUUCCCGUCUGAAAGAAGACAUUCGGAGUAUGCGAGAAAAUUUCGAAGAAAUCAUCCGUCUUGCGAAAGGUGAAAAUGACACACAACUAUCAAAGAUAACCCAAUGCGAACAGGACACGUACGAAACACAGGUCCGAGCGGCUAACAUUGUACGUGCCGGCGAAUCGCUCAUGAAGCUUGUGUCCGACAUCAAACAGUACCUUAUCCUGAACGACUUCCAUUCAGUAAAUGAAGCGAUCUGCAGCAACUCCACGCUCUACCGUACCACGCAGAUCGAUCGCGACAACAAGCUGAUGGCCGUCCGGGACGAUAUGGCGGCUGAUCUGUACGAUCUGGAGGAAGAAUACUACACCAGCAUUUAUAAGUGAUCUUAAUAGAUUUAU